CGCUGCCGCCGCUGCGCGCCCUGCUCGGGGCCGCCCGCCCGCCGCGGCCGCCGGCGCCCCGCGGGGAGGGGAUGCGCGGGCCCCCGGCCGGGCGGAGCGGGCACAGCGCGCCCCGCGUGCUGCCAUCCUUUGGGUUCCUGUUUGACAUCGAUGGGGUGCUGGUGCGAGGCAGGACCCCCAUCCCUGCUGCCAGAGCAGCCUUUGGCAAGCUGGUGAACCCUCAGGGACAGUUCCUGGUGCCCGUGGUCUUUGUCACCAACGCUGGGAACUGCCUGCGCCAGAAGAAGGCUGAGCAGCUGUCCCACCUGCUGGGGGUUCCAAUUUCCCAAGAUCAAGUGAUGAUGUCCCACAGUCCUCUGCGGAUGUUCAAGCGUUAUCAUAAAAAAUGUGUCCUGGUAUCUGGACAAGGACCCCUUCUUGAUAUUGCUCGAGACCUUGGCUUCUGCCAGCCCAUCACCAUUGACACCCUGCGGGAGAAACGCCCUCUGCUCGAUGCAGUUGACCAUGACAGAAGACCCAAUGUCCUGUCCCCGUCUGCUGUGGAGCUUCCCAAGAUUGAGGCUGUGGUGCUGUUUGGGGAGCCGGUGAGAUGGGAGACCAGCCUGCAGCUGAUCAUUGAUGUUCUGCUGACCAGUGGCUAUCCUGGCAAUCCCUACGGGCAGGAGAGCUACCCUCACAUCCCUGUGCUGGCCUGCAACAUGGACCUGAUGUGGGUGGCUGAGGCACAGUCCCCAAGGUUUGGGCACGGAACAUUCAUGGUCUGUUUGGAAAACAUUUACAAGAAGAUCACUGGCAGAGACCUGAAGUACGAGGCGCUGAUGGGCAAACCCAGCAGGCUGACAUACCAGUAUGCAGAGCACCUGAUCCGGGCCCAGGCCCUGCAGAGGAGCUGGGAGCAGCCCAUCCAGACCCUCUAUGCUGUGGGGGACAACGUGAUGACGGAUGUGUACGGAGCCAACCUGUACAACCGCUACCUGCAGCAGAGCUGCCCCAGAGCCCGGCUGCAGGCCAAGGCUGCUGCAGGAACAGCCCCUGCCCAGCUCCCCCAGCACCUCCAGCCUGGCCUCGGCUGGGACACGGAGCUGGCACCUGCGGGCACAGCCCCUGGCCUCGGCUGGGACGCGGAGCUGGCCCCCGCAGCCGCUGCCCGCUGCAGCUCCGUGCUGGUGUGCACAGGGGUGUACGACCCCCAGAGCGAGGGGGCCGUGCCCAGCAGGGACAGCGUGGCUGAGAACGUGUUCCACGGGCACAGGGAUUUCAGCUUCGACCCCGCCCUGGUGGAGCCAGACCACAUUGUGCCCGAUGUGGAUGCUGCUGUGGACCUGGUCUUCCAGCUGGAGAACUUUGCACCUCGUUGAGAUUUAGCUUUUAGGUGUUGAUGAUCUUGAGGAUACCAGAUUGUGGUGCUGGGGUCACUCUGUCCAUUCCACGUGGGCUGAACAGAGCACAACAAGUAUUAAUGCCUGGAAUUCUGCAAGUACUGAAUGCUCCCUUCAAUCAGAGUGGAGUUCAACCUGUUCCACUUUGGACUUGCUCUCAUCUGACCUGCUGCUGCCUUUCCUUUCCUGCUGCCUGUUCUCCCAUGUCCCUGGAGUUUUAUUGCUCCUCUGCUGUGUGAAGCCUUAAUUGUGUUGGAACUCCAUAGUCCGGGAAGGGAAGCAGCAGACCUGGGUGCCCUCUGUGGCCUUUUUGCUCUUUGCCUUUCUAUGUGCAUUCCCUUCCCUUCCCUUCCCUUCCCCUUCCCCCUUCCCCCUUCCCCCUUCCCUUCC